AUGGUGGGACUGUCGGUACUGAUUCGAUAUGCAAGGGAGCAGGUGGCGGCUUUCAAUAAUGCAACACAGAGGAGCAUUACCACGGACAUGGCUUUUCCUCUUAACCCCACUGUCACUUGGGUGCCUCCUCCAGUGGGAUAUGUCAAGAUCAAUUGGGACGCCUCGAUUAUCAACAGUCAACACCAGAUGGGGGUCGGAGUUAUCGUGCGUGAUCACACAGGGAAGGCUAUGGCGAUGUUGUGUGCUACCAAGAGAUCUAUUACCAACGCUCCCACGGUUGAGGCAAUCGGUGCAUGGCUUGCGGUGGAUUAUGCUCAACGUAUGGGUUACCAAAAUGUAGUCUUUGAAGGGGAUGCGCUGGAGAUAGUCAGAGCACUCAACAAAGAAGAAGAUUGUUGGACGACCUAUGGGCAAAUUGUGAACACUGCUAAAGAAGAAAUUGUAAAGCACAUGGGCUGGGUGGUUUAA